GCAUUUACAGUUUUAACUGUAAUGUUCACUUUCCUUUUUCCGGUGGUUUUUGUUCGCCUGCGAUUCUAAUCUCCGGCGAUUUCUCUCAGAUUCGUCUAUAUUUCAUAGUCGGGGGGAGUAUGACUAAAAGAGCCGCAGAAGAAGCACCUUCAUCAUUAGAUAGUAGCAGAAAUGGACCAAACUAUGUGGGUUACUAUAGAGAUCAAGUAGCAGAGCUCUUGUCUCGAGAAGAGAGAAUCCCUCAUCAAGAAAUUGGAGCCACGAAGAAGUCUUCUGCUGAAAUUAUAGGAUCUGAGAUCUCAAGUCUAAAAAACGAGAAGCUGAAUGCCUUGUUAAGGCAGUGUGUGCAGGAUCUCAUUCCAGAAGUUGAAGAGAUGCAGUCGCGAGCUCGCUCAAUGACUCAAUUGAGAAACAAAAAACCUGAGGAUCCUUCUUUUAUGGAUGUGGAGGACGAUUUACAAAUACUUAGGAGGACUGAUCCUGGUCUUUUCGAGGAAAUAGAGAGAAAACAUACCAAUGAUGUACUUGCCAGCCUCGACAAUAUGAAGCAGCAACUUGAGAAACUCCUUGACAAUGUCGCGACCAAAUGCAGCAGACCUAUGAGCCGAGGCGAGAAGCGAGAUCUUCAAAAAUCAAUCAAGGAGCUUCCUGGAGAAAAUCUCAAACGCAUUGCUGGAAUCAUCAAAGACCACUAUGUAGCUUCAGGGAAAGAAUUUCGUGAUGAGGUUACAGUCAACUUGGAGGAGGAAGACAACAUAUUGCUUUGGAGAUUGCAUUUCUACGUUGGCGCAGUGAAAAAUGCCCGGAAACUCGCUAGCUAAGUAGUCGCAGAAAUGAAAUUGGGACGACAAGAACACAACAACACCAAGUAGAAUCAAACUACAAGUUUCUGAGAACACGAUAGCAUCAAACAACAUCAUCGAACGAGAGAGAAACAUUGGCAGCCGCAACAUCUUCUUUCUCC